UGUGCACGUAGGCUAUUAAAAGGAGAUUCUUCUUUUUUUCAGUCAACAGCCACAAUCAUUCUCUCACACUCUUUCUACAUCAGCGCAGGGUGUGUGUACCGUAUCACUUCUAAAAGAGCCGCUGACGCAUCUCCUUUGCACCUUUGUGAGGCCUCCCGCCGUGCUUGGAUGCAUGCUAAUAUCACUGAAAACUUGUGUGGACCUUACUUUCUGCUCACCAACAAGGCACUUAUUUCCUUCCUUCUAUCUCUACAUUUUUCUUUUCCCUCAGAGCUAUCGGCGAUAUUCCAGGUGUGUCAUCUUCAGCUUAUAAAGAGACAGCUCCUCAUCCAAAUAGGAAAAAGGGAAGCGAAGAAGUACAUACCCUCUCAGAGUAUUUACGAAUUAAAUGUACUUUUAUUUGAACAACUGGAUGAACGCGUGCUUUGGGAUUUUCAUUCUCUCAUAGAAAAGGGUCCUCUCUGUAAAUGUCCACUUGGUGAAUAAAUUGUAGCUUCGAUCUUGUUCUUGUUUGACUAUCAGAUCGAUAGCUCACCUCUUGUUUUACCUGUAUUCGACGUGAUUCAUCAAGGGCGGGGCGCCCGCAGAAAACGUGAUCUUACCUUCUAUUUCGAAGUGUAUGAAUGUUAGCGACUUUGCUUACCUCAAAUCUCGCCAAACACAACCUUACCAAAAUAGAUAUCUGGAGAAGGAAACCGGAAUAAGGCAAGAUUUCCGAGUUUCGUUCAAGGACGCUCGAUGCAUCCUCGAUUUUAUAAAGAGAUUUAUGAUUCAAGAAAGAUUGUUAAGGUGAUUCCUUAAGUUGGCAGGAUACUUGACGAUUUUUGACAGUUCCUUUUCAUACAAGAGAUAUUCAUACUUCUGGAUCGUGAAUGAAGCAUCCUCGAAAUCGGAAGGCCAUCGCUCUUGAUGAGGAAGACGUUAGCUUUGUUUGACCCGCUUUAAGGGUAUCCAGGUGUGCUCUUCACUCAGCCUCGAGGGCCUAUUCACAAAGGUGUCAGCAAGCAUUAUCCCUCUUUUGUUUCCUGAAGGGGGUUCGCCUUCUCUACUAACACAAAAGCAAUUGGAACGUUUAAACACCGCGUGAAAGGGAACAAAGGUGCACCCCGACACAUAAACAGGGGUUAUGGUGUUUUCAAGAAAGGUACAGGUAUUGAUGACAUGAAAGGGUAGGGGUUUCAUAUCUUAUUGGUGUACAGUAGGAGGCAUACAUGCACACAUUUCUCUGGUAGAGAAUGAAUGACUGCUCGAUGCGGUGUCUUUUCUCUCUUGAUGGAACGUUGGAUUUUAUGAGGAAGAGAAAAAAAUAAAGAUACUUGCUUGAAGGAGAUAUCUCACCUCUAUCACUCAUCCUCUAUAUUCGUGGCUUCUCUGGUUAAACUUUUCUGCUCUAGAUGCGCAAUCCACGAUCGAUGUCUUCCACUCUACAUCUAUUCCACAUUCUCUUCGUAUUUGAUGUGAAAAUUACCAGAGUGGAAAGCUUAGGGAUUAUUUUCAGAUGAAAUAUUCGGGAAUACAGCAAGGUUCUUUACGCAUUGAAGCGAAGCGGUGUGAUGUUUCCUAUAUAGCAUAGUAUGCAUCAUCUUUCAUUCUCUGAAUGCAUAACGUGGCUGACAACAGACUUACAGCUGUGACCGAAUUAUGAAAACUGAAUUGUCUUUAUUCGUGGACAAGUUUUCGAGACAAACUUACUAAACUGACUCACAGGGUGAUUUUAUCUGUCAAGUUUCGUGAAUAAGUCGGGCCGACAUAAACACACACCGCAGGAUUGAACUUUUCAGAGAGGACGAUAACACUGCGAAAGUGAUUGUUUACCACAGCGAGAACUGAUCGCUCCAGCGUCGGCCACUGGACAGGGUCAACACCCGGCUCUACGAGGGGUGCCAAAAUGGCGACCGACUCCUCGCAGAUAUUCCGAUGUUUUUACACGGUUUUGGUCGUCUACUGCCUAGUUUUGGAUAAUUCCAAGUAUGUAUCAGCACAGAAUGUUCUUUGCCCAGAAGAAUGCUGGUGCUUAGGUUCCCUGGUAGACUGCAGUAAACGACAUUUGACGAGUCUUCCGACCGACUUGCCGACAUGGGUCACAAUGCUGGAGUUGCAGUCAAACCGUAUCGCCAGUAUCCCAGAUGGAGCUUUUGACAGGUUAUCACAGCUAGAAGACUUGGAUCUGAGCUCCAACAAAUUAAGACGAUUGAAUAUGAGCAUUUUUGAUGGCCUGUCAAAUCUUCAACAAUUAAAAUUGGCAUCCAACAAACUAACAUCUGUACCCAUCCUUGGACCAUCUGCAAGAAACCUGACCCAAUUGAUAUUACAUCACAAUCGGAUUACAAACAUCAGUCCAGCAGCACUUCGUGGCCUGACAUCAUUACGAACGUUAGAUCUCAGCUACAAUCGUAUUGGCCAUCUGCGGACAGACACCUUUCCAACAGACAAUCGGCUCCAAUUCCUUUUGUUGGAGAACAACCGGAUUGGUACUUUACAGCAGGGAUGCCUCAACAAUCUUCGUUCCUUGGAGAUCCUCAAGCUCAACCGUAACCACAUUGAAUCACUGCCCCGUGAUCUCUUCACCCACCUUGAGAGUUUGAACCUUCUUGAACUAAGUCGCAAUGAGCUUACCACGGUUGACAGUCUGGUCUUCAGUGGCCUAGAAUCUUUAGAGGAACUCAGCCUUAGUCGUAACCAGCUGACUGAUUUGAUGGAUGGUGCUUUCUAUGGGCUCAAUGCCAUCCAACAACUAGAGCUGGACGGCAAUGAACUGACCACCAUCAGCCGCCGAUGGCUCUUCGGUCUCAAGUCCCUGCUCCAUCUGACGGUGGCCCACAACCGUAUCAACGAGACAGAAGCCUCCGGUUGGGAGUUCUGCCCCAACCUGGAGUACCUAGACCUGUCUCAUAACAGGCUCACCACACUGGAGACAGAAGGAGAGACUGUUGGAGAGAGCGGAGGCCCUGCUGCUCAGGGAACCAAUGGGGGUGCUGCAGGGUCCGUAGGGGUUCCUCCUUGGCCACCACUAUUGAGGGAGCUCUAUAUCAAUCAUAACAGGAUCACACAAGUGGCCGAUGGAGCAUUCAUCCAGCUUAAUCUGCUUCAAGUUCUGGACCUGAGCGAUAAUGUCAUUGCUUGGACAGUAGAGGAUAUGACUGGUGCCUUUGAGGGUCUUGAAUCAUUACUUCGAUUAGGACUGGCCAACAACAACAUAAAUUCUAUUGCCAGAAGAGCAUUCAAUGGACUCACAAAUCUCCAGUCUCUGGACUUUGCUGGAAAUGCUAUCACUACAGUAGAGAACAAUGCAUUUGAAGGCAUGCCCCAACUCAACCAACUGCUGGUGAACAGUUCUAGCAUGGUGUGUGACUGCCAGAUGGCAUGGUUCCCAGUCUGGGUAAAGGAGAACAAUCUUGGUGAAGGAGUGGAUGGACGCUGCGCCCAUCCAGAUAGUCUCCAGGGCAUGGAUAUCUUCAGCGUUGAUCCGGAAGUGUUUACAUGUGAUGAUCGUUUGAAACCUUUCAUCAUCCGCGAGCCUGAGACAACGGUUUCGCUGAAGAAUGACAAUGUGUCUCUGAUAUGCACUGCUGGCAGCACAAGCGAUGUACCUGUCACAUUGCUAUGGAAGAAGGAUAAGGCUAUCAUGGAAGAUGCAAAUCCUAUAUACUUUGAGAGACUAAACCCCAAUGGUGUGAAUGAAUAUACCUCAGUUCUCAGCCUCUCUCAUAUCAAGGAGGAAAACCAAGGAAGAUACCAAUGCAUUAUCUCUAAUGAGUUUGGUGUCACAUACUCAAAGAAGGCCCGAGUUACUGUGCAUAUUUUCCCAUCAUUCACCGUCACACCAAGCCAUGUCAGUGUACGUGUUGGAGGAAUAGCUGAACUCCCUUGUGCAGCCACAGGUCAUCCCACCCCAAAGAUUGCCUGGCAGAAGGAUGGAGGCAUCAACUUUCCGGCCGCCCGCCAACGCCGUAUCAAGGUCAAGACUGAGCUUGCAGAGUUCUACAUCGACAACGUCCAGAUGAGCGACACUGGUGUGUACACGUGUACAGCCCUCAAUGCUGCAGGCACCAUCAGCACCAAUGCUACUCUGACUGUUCUUGAGCCACCUCUAUUCACCAGUCAAAUGAAGGACCUGACUAUUGAGGUUGGAGAACCAGCUGUCAUGGAAUGUAACGUUGAAGGAAGUCCUCGUCCUAGUAUCAGGUGGUUCAAGGAUGAUGAGCCUUUCACAUUAUCUGAUGGCAUGCACCUGACUGACUUUGAUCGUUACCUGAUCAUCAUGAAUGCAGCAGGCAGGGACGGUGGCAGGUACACAUGUGAGGCCACAAAUUCUCUAGGCAUACGAACAGACAGUGCAAAGCUUGUUGUGACUAAAAAAUCUGGUACCAUAUGGAAUAUGACCACAACCAGUAUCAUCAUUGUAGUCGUCAUAUGCUGUAUACUGGGUACAUCACUCAUCUGGGUUGUCAUUAUCUAUCACACUCGCAAACGAACAAGGAGAUAUAGAGUUGAAGAAUCAUCUCAUCACAUAGUCCCGCCAGAGAUUCCUAGCUCCACCCUCAAUGGAUCCUCAGAAGGUACCAUACAUCAAGAGACAAGCAGUGGGGUCUCAAGUGCAGCAACGGACAAGUACCAAGAUGACAAUGCAAGUGACUGCGAUUCUCUAGAUGGACCAGUGAAUAAACUCAGUACCUUCAGGUUUGCCAAUCAGGUGCGAAUGGCAGCCAUUUUUCCUAGUGAGACCAAAGUCAUAGAGCCACCUGAAAUAGCGCCAUGCCCCCCUCAUCACUGCAGUAUUCAAGAUGGGCCUCAUCGAAACGGUAUGGAGGGGUACUGCCCCUCGGAUUCCAUCAGUGAAGCUGAUCGCACCACCUUGGAAAGACGUGGGCAGCUUUCUGCCUUACCGUGCUGCAACGCUACAGGCCGCUCAUUGGACAGUGCAAUCAAUAAACACAUGUACCUUCACCAUGGGGUUGGAGGACGUUUGCAUCCCUCCAGGAAAGGGGGGAGUGACGGUGAGGAAGGGGAGAUCGAGGAGGAAGACGAUGAAGAUGUGUUUAUGGAUGAGGCAACCAGGGAUAGGUUGCAGAGAGAAAGACUCUUGACAAACUCGGAUGAGGGUCUGGGUAGCCAGACAGCCUCACCGGUCAAUAGACACAGUUAUCGUAGGAGCAAUCACCCACCGCCCCAGUGCUGCCAUUCCUAUACCUCAAUGUCAUCACCAGAGGGACGAUGCACGUCACCUAGCAGCUUUAACUUACCUCAUGAAAAUGCACAAAAGGGAGAUGCAUACAGUAGGAUGGCAAUGUCAUCAUCUUCACUCCCUUGCAAUGGACGGAUUCCUAAUGUACACCUCUACGAGAAUCCCACCAGUUCAGUUCAAGACAGAGACUUGAUAAACGGCCAUCUAUGCCGUAGUCACAAUCAUGUAAAUAAUGUCAAUGUUAACAACAACGGUAACACCAAUCACUCCCCUGUUGCCGAUCCCAUCAGACAAUCACAUAGCAUUCCCACUGCAAUAUCUUCCAAGGGCAACAUCUCACCCGGAAUAGGGGCGCUGCUAUCGCCAACAACCCACCAACCGCAAGUGCAAAAUGGUCACCUGCACAGUCACCACCGGCCCCACCUCCCGAAUCGUCACAACGAUAAACCGACCCACCGAAAGUCGGGUCGCCAUCCAGAAAAGCACCACCUGAAAAGCAAAACAUCACCCAAAUCAGGACAGUCUAUACCAAGGACUUCUUAUUUACCAUCGUCUAAUACCCAUCCUGCUCAUCAUGUGACAUCACCCACGCUUACGUCGCUUACAGAAGCCUGAUUGGGUUUGACUUGGUAUAUAUAUAUAUACUCGGACUAUCUAGGGUGAUUAUGGAAAUAUGCUCAUUGUGUGUGCAAACUACUAUGAUGUCUAAAUGGAAUACAUUAUGUGUAAAUGGUUGCUAAAUAAUAGAUGUAACUUUUUACCAAUGUGGAUGCAAAUAUCAUUUAUUUUCUGCCUGUGUUAUUUGAGCUGUAUAUCAAAGCUGGAUGGAACAUUUAAUUUAUAUUAUAUGAUACUGAGCACCACCGAAGGCAAGACAUCACCUCCUCUAUUACUUUGUUAUCUAUGCUUAACAAGAUACAUCGAUGUUGCAGCACCACCGAAAACAACUAGAUGUGCCUAUGUAGACGCUAUGGAGUGCCAAAUUAUUUUUCCCUACUUCUUCACAACUCGAUAUUGCGACAGUAUGAUGCUGUGUAUUUUACUUGUGAGAGCUAGUCAUUCACCCUUUACAGUGGAAUGGAACACCUAGGACCUGUCUUAUAAAUGCUGUGAUUAUUGCGAUCAAUCUUAUUUAUUGAAGCAAGCAACACCAUUAUGUAGAAGGCACAUGCCUUUUCCAAUCGUGUCCAAUGACAAAUACUCCAAUAUUGUCAUCGUUUUAGUCCAUCUGCAUGAUCCCUCUGGUUCACAAACAGACAAGUAUAUGUAUGCUUAUAAAUGGUCAAUUAUGGUGCUGAUGGCUUUCCAUAAUUGCUUGGACCAAUGACACUCUUUUGUAAGACUGGGCCAAGGAUAUAUUAGUAGUAGAUUUAGCUUUGUAUAAAUUGUUUUGCAUGUCAAUAGUUUGAAAUCAACUUUGUGUAGGAUCUGAAAUACUUUGUAAGUGCUUUGGAGGUGUCCCCUUGUGAAUUUUGUGGCGAUUUUUGUGAGACGCUCAGCUAUCAUGUGUGUAUGCAUCUCAUGUACAUCCAAUAAGAAUGUUGCACAUUUCAGACAUCUUCGUUUAGCAUAGAUAAAGCUCACUCUGUUGGAUUAGAUAUAUCAGAAACAAAAAUUAACAUUAAUAUGCAUUUGGCAUAAAUCUAUGCAUGAAGAUUAUGUACUGUAAUGAUUCCUUUGUUCUGUUUGGCGGGGGGGGGGGGGCAUUUAUUAAUGAAAAAUUAAAUUAAUUGGAACAGAUUAAUUUUGAUAUAAGCAAUCCUUUUCCAUAUUUUGGGGUGCCAGGAACAUGCCAACGAUAAUUGAAAGUGGGAUCUUUGCAAUCAGUUGGAUGAUUCUUCGACUAUUGGGUAGUUUUGAAAAAUACCAAAACAUGAAGAAAUUAGAAUUAUGUCUGAUUGUCAUAAAGCUAAUCAUUCAGGAGUAAACUUAAUGUUAACAAGAACUAUGAAUGCCAUCUAAACAAGGAUAUAUCUGGUAUAAAAGUUAAAGUAUGUUUGUGUUUUCUUCUUUUAUGUGGUAUGACUGUUCCUGUUAUUUUCAAGUGAAGACAAAAAAAAAGCUUUAAAAUCUCUGAUCUUUGUCAUAAUGUUUGCAGCAUGUGUUAUUAUUUUGAAGUGCAAUGAUGACAAUUAGUCAUAUUAUUUUCUAUGUCUCUUUUUAUUUGGUUAUGUGAUAGUGCUAACCAUGUUUUGUUAUGUCUGUUUGAACUGAAGAGACAAUAUUUUUGUUAAAAUUGAUAUGAAAAACUAAAAUAUGCAGUUAGGUGCAUUCAUUAUAUGCUCUUCCCACCGCAUUUAUUUAAUUCAAUCAUUUGUGUCUUCUUUAUUUUUUGAUGCAUAUAACAUGAUGAAACUCAUGUGUUUAUUCUAUAUCUAUGCUAAUUUAUUAUGAUAUUUGAUCACUCUAGAUGCAUGUGAAUGCUAUUAUUUUUCUUCACAAACACAAGACGUGAUUUGAUUUUUGUUGAUGUAGAUGAACAGGGAUACGUGAUAUAAACGGGUUAUGAAUUCAAUGAAGAUUGGAAUGAAGUCUGGAAUGAUGAGACCAGUGACAUGGUUUCUAUGGAUAUUGAUAAUAGUAGAAAAGAGCUGUUUCUGACAAAACAACUGAAAAAAUCUAGUCAUGAAGUCAGGGAUACAUAAAAAGAAGGAUUUUGAGUGAUUUACUUAUCGUCAUUGGUUUCAAAUCAAUAUAAAGUAAUUGGAAUUGUUGAUUAUACUACACUGGAAAAGUAUUGAAUGCUGUAAGGCUUUGAAAUCAUACCAUAAAAAGGUAUCAUUGAAUUUUUCUGCGAGUCAUAUUCAUAUAGGACUGCAAACAAAUUUUCAGCCCCAAACAUUUCAGAUAGGGGUUUCCCCUUUUCAUAUUUUGACGUAAGGGAAUCUGAAUGGCAAUGUUUUGCUGUUUACUAUUUUCCUAUACUAUUCUUUAGAUAUAGAAAUAACUUUUAAAACUUGCAAUGAUUGUAUUCACCUUUUUCCACAGAAAAGUUUCUCAAGCACACUUUCUUUAAAAUUCAGGUCUUCAAGUUACCAGUUAUGCCAUUCAGUGCAGAAAAAUAGCAUGUUAAAUUUGUCCCGCAAUUUUAGAGAACAUAAACAGAAAAUGUGUUAUCAAAUGAUUUUGAUUUCAGUGAAAUAAUUGUCCUAGUGAGAUGGAAAUGUUCAUUGACAUUUUAACCCUAAUAAUAUAAUAAUAAUGCAUAAUAUAGAUCGGUAUGUAUUUCAUUAGUCUAAUUCAUUUCAAUAUUUACUUCAUCAUGUUGUUCCACCUUUGGUUCUCUUGAAAUCAAAUUGGUAAUUAGGAUGUACAUCUCUGACUUCAUGACUAGAUUAAUGGAAAUAUAUGAUCUGUGACAGUGUUCAGUAUAUGUACAUAAAGAGAAGACUAUGGAUAUGUGAUAAGUGAAAUACAAUAUGUGAUACAAUCUAUGUGGUUUGUAUGUUGUUCAUGGAAGGAGAUGCGUAAUAUUCAACUCCGAUGAAAGUCUAUUGAAUUUUGUGUAUUUUUAUUCUACCUCUGUAUGUGUAAGUUUGCAAGUGAGUGCUAACUUGCCAAUUAAUAUAAAGAAGAAAAGGGAAAUCAUGAAAAAUAAAAAUCUAAAUAGUAUGCCAGUCUCUCAAGAGUGAAAUGAAAAAAAAAAUCUUUUGGAGUGAUUGAGCAUAGUGUAUAUUAUAGAAAGUAGGUGUAUAGCUAUAACCAAAGCAGUGCAGUUGUAAUGAGAGCAACAAGUAAUAGAUAUAUCUAUCUGUGGGAUUCCUUUUAAGUUAAACAAUAUUGCUUUGCAGGGAGAGUUAACACUGUGCACAUUGCUUUUUUGAAUUAAUUUUACAUUUUCCCCAUUUACCUGCCUUUUCUCCCUUGUCUCUCCAAUGUAGGAUACUUGUAAUAAGUAUACUAUUAGCAACUUGAAUAAGGAUUAAUAUAAAAUGCAUCCUUGCACAAGUCUUGUGAGUUCGUUAAUUAUGGUACCCCUAUUAAAGAAUUCCAUUCUGCAGUAAUUUGCCAAAUAAUUUUCUGCCAAUUUAGUUAAAAGAUGUGCCAAUUUUUUUUAUUCUAAUAUUUUCUCCCAUUUUUUUUCCAAAAGAUAUAAUGCAUUUUCAUUGAACCAAGAUGUAAUCAAAUACAGAUGUUUGAUUUUUCAUGAAACGUUUCUGGAUAAUUUUAUGCUAUAACUGUCCAUGCGGAACAAUAUUUUCAGGUCAUUUAUUACUAAACCUUAUCUCUAUUGCUAACAUGUAUUUUCUUAGCAUCCUAUUCUCCAUUUCAUAGGCCUGCCCACCGUUUGUAAUUUUUUGGCCUCUCUUUUUCUCUCUAAUUUUUUGUAGAUAAGAGAUUCAAGUCUUGGUCACUGCCUAUGUUUCCUCAUGAAAAGGAAUUUUUCAUUUAUAAAUUAUGCAAAUAUGUUGGAAGGCUUUUUCUAUGAUUUUCUCUUUGUUUAAUCUCUUUAUUUGCCAAAGUAUAUGAUAUUUAUAUUUCCUUUAUGUCACUCAGUAUUUGUAUUUUCCUGUAAUGUUUUCUAUUUUUGUUAUGAGAAACCCCUUCAUCUUAUGCAAUAAAGUAUUUAUGUUCAUAUUUUUAAUAGUGUAAAAGGCAACAUGUACGUAAUGUCACCUACAGUUUUCUUAAUUUCUUUUCAGCAUAUACCACAAAAUACAUGGUUGGAAUAAAGUUAAAUACUAUAAAAUUAUAUAAUAUAUUGCCUUGGCAAUGUUCAUACAGACACAAGUUGAAUUCUAUAUAUUCAAUUCAUAUUGUUUGACAAUCCGGUGACUGCAAAUCAUGACACAAAUCUUCACUUUGUUUCAUGAAUAAAAAAUGAUAUGUUUUUUUUUCAACAUAUUAUGUUUCCUUUGAUAAGUCCCCAUAUUCUUAUUAAGCUAAAUGGUAGUGCCAAAACAAAUUAACAUGCAUGCAUUGGUUCUAUCUCUUUAAUGUUACAAACGUAAGUGUUAAGUGAGUAAUAUAUUUUUUUUCUUCAGAAAAUAUUGUUAAUUUCCAUUAUGAAAAUGGAAUGGUUGUUAAAAGUUGCAAAUAUUGGGAACAUUUAAAUUCUGUUCUUUGCUAAAUAUUAUUUGUACAGUGUUGUGUAUAUGAAAAAGAUGCUAUCAUUAUUAAAUGCAAGAAAACCAUUAA